AUGUCGGACCCACUGACCGCGCCCUUCGCGGAACUCUGCGGCGCCCUUCAUGGUCUCCAGGAGCAGGUGGAACGACUAGCAUAUGUACACGAGGCAGUGGAUGACUUCAACUUGGCAUUUGGUGCCUUUCAGGGCGCAAUGGCAUUGCACGCGUCGUGUUUGACUUAUCCAAAGAACUCUCCAAUGCCCAUGGCCCCUACGACUCGCUCACAACCAAAAGACAACAACUUAGCUGCGUCUGGAACAGGAAUAAAUCCACUGGAUAACUUGCAGGUGUGCUCUGCCGGAAACAAGAAACAGGAUGGUACGUCAAAAGGCAAGAAAAGUAGGGUAGCGUCAAAUGGAGAGCUCGUGCAGAAGAAACCGCUGGCCAAAGUUAUUAGUAUGAAGAGGCAAGCAAAGGUAGAUUCAAACAACUCGCGGAUAAAGAAACGAAAAUUGGCGACCAAAGCAGCACCACCUGUAUGGACAUGGGAACGUCAUAUCCGAGAGAAGAUUCCACGCAAGUACCAAAGCCCUGCAGAGCUUAAGAAGCUCGAAAAUAUUGUGCUUUAUCUCAAAAAUCGACACUGCGCCAUUUCUAUCUCGGACUUGGUCAACCACAGCGGACUACCAGUCAUUCGUUGCAAGGAAAUUCUUCAAACGCUAAUGAAGCUUGAUCUCAUUGACCGCAAGCGCGAAAAAGCGGGAUUUCUUUACAGUUUUGGCUCAACCAAGUGA